UUGGUCUACGAAUGGCGCGCUUUUCCCCCUAGCUGUGGCCAGUCGGUGUGAUAUACAAACAGCCGGACUUAAACUUUGUGCCUUGUUUGUGCCCCCGGGAAAAUAUGGCCCAUCCACACGAUUAUCUGUUCAGUGAAAGUGCCACAGUGGAGGAUGAAAACGAUGGGAUUAUUCCGUCCGAUGACGAUGAACUCCCGGAUGCGGACGGCGACGAUGCUGCCGAUGGAGACGAUGCAGCCGGCCCAUCCAAACCGGUACCGGUGGAGGCGAAGAAGAAAACGGUCCGAAAUCCGCGAAACAUGCUCAACGAAGCGAAACUGUGUGGCCCACGCGGUAUAAUCGCUCUGAAGGAUCAUUUCAAAGAUUUCAAGUUCCAUGGGAAAGGCCACGAAGCGUCCGAUCUGAACAGGAUGAUGCGCCACUACGAGCACUGGGCCCAUCGUCUCUAUCCGAAGUUCCACUUCGACGAUUGUAUGGCCAAGAUCGAGAAGCUCGGUCACAAGAAGCAGGUACAGAUGUACAUGAACAAAUAUCGGUCCGGUUUGUUGCAGCAGGAACUGGAUGAGGCGGCCGCCAUACGCAGCGAGGAAGACGAGCCGGAUGACAAUCGUCAAAUGAACCAACCGCUGGAUCCGUUGGACAGUAUGCUCGAGGAGCAGAUAGCUCGGUCAAGGGGGCGAACAUCGAUUGCCAACACAUCCGGCAUUGGAAAUCUCUCCACAGACACGGCCUUCGACGCGGUCAGGCAGGAUGGAGUGAAUCCACUGACGGAGGAGAGCAACGUGCACGCGAAUGCCUUGAAAGAUACACAACAGGUGAUGAUGCCGAAACCACCACCCAUUAUCAACGAGGAACUGAAGGCAAAAAUUGAAGCAAACCGAUUGAAAGCGCUAGAACUGCGGAAGGCACGCAUGCUAGCACAAUCACAAGGCAGAAAUGAAACCGAAAAUACGGAAAACGAUUCUAGCACCUUGACACGCAGCCCCGAUGCGCAAUAAAAAUAAAGUUUUGUAAAUCUUCGAAUA